UCUUCCGCAACCCACACAUCCUUUUUAAGUCAGCAGAUUUUACAGGAACCUCUGUGAUGCACACAGAAAUUCCACCACCCGCUUAGACAGUACUUAAAACUGUGUGUCAGACUUGCAGUGGCUUAGUUCCUCCUUGAUUCAGCUUUGCACUUUUCUCUCCCAGUUUGUUUCUCAAUGGAAAGCACUGAGUCCUGCUAUGUUUGCUGCUUAGUCCAAGAUUAUCUGAAAUAUGUUCUUCAGGAAUCACAGCCUGGACCAGCCCCAAGCAGAGUGGCUCAUGUCUUGCGAAACAUUGCAUCCUCUUUGCAAAAGGAAACUGAAGAGAAUCUAAAGCCAUUCUUGGACACACUUGAAUUUUCAUCUAUAGAAGCUGCCAGAAGAAUUUUCACCCAAGUCAUGGAGCAAGAAUUUGCUGAUGGCAAUACCAACUGGGGACGGAUUUUGACAAUAUUUAUGUUUGGAGGAAUUGUCACGAAGAGGCUUCAAGAGCAUGGAGUUCGGCUUACAGGAGAAAAUAAAGAGCAGAUUUCAGAUUUCAUCACAGAGUACAUCAUGAACAACAAGGCUGAAUGGAUAGAGGCAAAUGGAGGUUGGGAAAAUGGCUUCCUUGUGAAGUUUGAGGGUCAGAAAUCGUGGCUGUCCUUAUUUGAUGUGAAGGCAAGAAUCAUGGCUGUUUUCUCCUUCUUCAGUCAAUAUUAUUGAUUAAAAAUGGACCUGUCCUCCUGCAUGCAUCAACUGGAUAUUCUUCUUCUUUUUCAUGUGUCUCUACACAUUUGACCAUUUUGUUACACAUGCUUGUGUUCAUUUGUUGUAC